AUGCCCCUCAGAGUCUCACAAGAGUACUUUGACACUGACACCCACCCACUCUGCAUCAUCACCACCACCACUAAUCAAACCAUUCAUGUCUCUCUGCCUCAUCCAACCACCACUGCCACCACCAACACCAUCACCACCAUUAUAACAACGACGACGACGUUCGCUAUGAUUAACACGCCCACACCUCCACCUACUUCGCACACACAACUAUCUCUUUCUCUCUCUCUAUCUCUAUCUCUCUCGCACUUUCCCUUUUCUUUUCUUUUUAAUUUUCGACUAUCUUUCUUUUUCUCUUUUUACUUACACUGUUUCAUUUUUAUAACUUCGACUUCUCACACUAUCUCUCUCUGUCUCUCUCUCUCUUUGACAACUUCUCUCUCUCUCUCUCUCUCUCUCACUCUCACUCACUCACUCUCACUGACAAUUUUUUCAUCUGUUUUUUACUUUUUCUUUUUCCUUCCUUUCAUCUCGUUACCGUUUCACUUUUUAUAUCUUCUCACUCUUUUCUUAUUUCUCUACCUCUCUACCUCUCUCCAGAUUUAUUACCUCGCUUUAUUCCAUGCUGUCUCCUUCUCUCUUCAUUUUCUUUCUAGCUUUCUUUUUUUGCGCUCUCUCUCUCUCUCUCUUUCUUUCUCUCUCUCUCUUAACUAA